UGGGCGUGGAGAGGUCCUCUCGCCGGCUAAAUUCAUUCCUCAACGAGCACAAUCGUUCUAUUAUACUAGAAUGGCGACUGCUGUUUUCGGUCGUCAAUGUACAACAGGCAGUAAUACUGCAAAAUCACACAAAGAACACCUGCGAAAAGGUAAGGAUUCACGACGGAGACAGGCGGCUCUUUUGUUCCUCAACAACAUAUCUUUAGACGGAAGGCCUUUGUAUCAUCUCAGCAAUGGAAACCACGGUCAAAGGGAGGCCGCCGAGCUCCGAAGUCGAGACGCCACCGGGGCACAGGCGACUGGACACCCUCUUUUCUCAUCGAGUAUCUACGGAACCGUCUCCCUUGUGGCACCCUCCUUGGCCGGUGGCGUUGCUCCUACUGUAGCGGGGAUCAGUGGACUGAGCCCAGUCCCUCCUAAUUUGGUCAUGUCUACAGACACGGGUUCAAGUACUGCUGUACGGUGUAGUGAGGUGUUUUUUGAGGGAGUUGACCCCAUGGUCCCACCAGAUACCCCUCUGUCCCCCACCUCUGGACCUCAGACAUUCAAUCCAAGUGCCAAAUCAUCAUUUGUGCUCCAGACUCAGAAUUCCGUUCCGGGGGAUACACAAAGAUCACGGAAUCAUUCGGGCUCUCCAAAACCUGCAAGGGUGGCCAAGAAGGUCCACUUUAUCAAGAAUAUGAGGCAGUAUGACACAAGAGGCAGCAGGAUCAUGAUGAUUUGUGCCAAGCGGUCUCUAUGUGCUGCUUUCUCAGUGCUGCCCUAUGGAGAGCAUAUUCACCUCAGUGACCCAAAGUUGGAGGCACACAAACUACAGCUGUCCUCUGGGGUGGCAUCUGACCUGUUCCCUGGCCUGGAGGGCCUGGGGGUGGAGCUAGGUGCAUAUGGAAAGGUAAGGUUGAACUGGAGAGUAAUUGCACACUGUCUGUCUGUGCUUUGUGUUCGUAAACGUCUCUUUCCUCAUCAGACGGUAUCGUACGCUCAGUUCCUUUUCCCCACUAAUGCCUUGGUGAGACCGAAGAGCAGUGGAGCACUAGAGCCCAGCACAACACAGACCCCCCUGUCACGUUACCAAUGCAACGGCCAGAAGAACUACACCACCCCGUCUCGACUCAACAGCACCAUGGGACAGGACCUGAAUAUAGAAGACCUGGCAGACUAUGAUCCCUACCUACUCAGUGACCCUCAGUGGCCUUGUGGGAGACACAAGAGAGUUCUUAUAUUCUCAUCAUAUGUGACGACUGUUAUUGAGUAUGUAAAGCCGUCGGACCUGAAGAAAGACAUGAAUGAGACGUUUAAGGAGAAGUUCCCCUAUAUUAAACUGACCCUCAGCAAGAUAAGAAGCCUGAAGUGGGAGAUGCGUGCGGUGGGAGAGGAGUGCAGUUUGCAGCCGGUCACAGUGGCCAUGGCAUUUGUGUACUUUGAGAAACUGGUGCUGCAGGGCCGCCUGAACAAGCAGAAUAGGAAGUUGGUGUCUGCAGCCUGCGUCCUACUGGCAGCCAAGAUCAGCAGUGACCUGAAGAAGCAGGAGGUCCGACAGCUGAUUGACAAGCUGGAGGAGCGUUUUCGUAUAAACCGCCGGGAGUUGAUUCCAUUGGAGUUCCCUGUCCUGGUUGCCUUGGAAAUGGGGCUCUACCUCCCUGACAGCAAGGUCAUGCCGCACUACCGCAGGCUGGUGCAGCAGGGCUAGAUUGGAGGUGGCCCGGAGAACUGGCCUGUGACAGUUUUGAUAUUUAAGUCCUGAUGAUAUUGAUUGGAAAUGCUGAUCCUGAAUCAGCACCUUGAGAGAUGCACCUUCUGCCCUAGAAUCUGUUCAGGUGUAGCAGGCCAGCCCAGCUUACAAUGCUCCUUAUAAAAAUAAAGUUUAGGUACUCUAUUUAUUUGAUUGAAUGCAAUCCAAUAUCUUGAUAACUUGAUAUGAUAAUAUCUUGGUAAUAUUUUCUGCAAAGCUGUUGGACUUUUUCUUUGUAUGUUUUGAUUCUUGUUGGGUCAGCUUGUUCUGAACUUCUUUCUGGGUUGUAUAUGGCAUUCUGAUGUGAAUAUUUUUUUCAUAGAAGGCUUCAAAACCAUGUUUAUUUGUACAAAAAGUACACCUUAAAUAUUUGCUAAAAAUUAGCUCAAAAACUGAGUGUAGGAUGGCAACCCGAUGGGGGUGUCUGUAAGAACACAGGACUUUUACUAUUCUCUAGUUUAGUUCUUUCGGUCUUAAAGGCAUUGGUGCUCGGAUGAGUGGCAACGAUGGGUCACAUGUGAUCAGAUGACAGAUGUAGAUGGUUUUAGUUGUCAGCACACGCAUCUGUUUGUGUCCAUUGUACGUACUGGUUUGGUUGCUUGUGAGAAGAGGGCUAAUGACUGAAGGUGAGAGCACAGAUCUCCGAGGGUUGACUUGUUGUUCAAAGUAAAAAAAAAAAAAAAUCAAACCAGAUUAAGACUUGCAGUGCAUUCAAAAUACAUGACAGUGCUUUGUUAUAGAUGAUGUCACAGAUCACGUUAAAGGUGGGGAUUGUUCCUUCUAAUCCUCUGUACUUUCAUUUCUAACUGUGGGAAGAAGUUUUAACUUAGACACAUACUUUAAAUAGAGUUUAAGGUCCUCAUUAUGUGAUGUUGAUGGUUGCCAUAUCAGUUUGAAAUAAUUUAGACGCCCUGAAGUAAUUCCCUGUCCGAAGGUAGAGAAAUUGUUUUUUUUUGUGUGUAAAUUGUGCCUGGUAUUGGUAUCUUUGCUCAUUAUAGCUUGUGUUGAUCUUACUAUUUAUUCACUCACUUUGAAAAUGACACAUCAGUCAUUGGACUUAAAAGGCCUCAUGUGAUUGAGAUGACACUCUGGCCAGCCCAGAACUCUCAUCCUCAGCUGUUUUUAUUGUAUCAUUUGUUUAGAACUUUUCUUGGAUGGUAUUUAUUACCCUUUUCUUGGGUUGGAAUCUCAACAGUUUUGAUCAUGUCAGUUCUGUAGCUAGCAAUCAGUCUAAUUGUGUAGACUUUAAAUCACCACUGUGCAAUCAACUGCCUCUUUGAUGUUCUAUUACACAAAUUACUUUUCUGCUGUGAAUGGUUUUGUUAAGUUGCAUGGUUCAGUCAAACUUCGUACUUGGUUGGUAUUGUAUAUCAACACCCAGGUAUAGGAUUUGCAAUAAGUAUUCUUACCAUAUUGUUCAAAGUACUGGAUCAUCCACAAGCCAGUUGUCAUAUUUUUUUUAGCUCAGGAAAUAUCUUUGAAUUAAUGCUUUAUUUUCCACUAAUCAUUCUGAGAUCAUGGGAUUUAUCAAACAGAAACUCUGGAAUGAGAGCAGGUAGAAACCAGUUAUUUGUGUGUCCUAAAAAGUGUAUUUAUUUACAGUAUUUUGUGUAUUUCUCUUCAUUUGCAUUGUAUUAUGCCACUUGACAAAACAGUAAGAAGUGCCUAAAACCACCAUGAGUUGAAUGACGUAUCAGUCCUAUCCAGAUAUUAUUCCCUCUUGUAUUUCACUCUCUCUUAUUGCUGUUGGGGUGUUGUUUCACCGUACCUGUGAAUAUCAUGGAAAAUUGGACUCUGCUUAAUGUGAAGCUCAUUGUUCUUUGAGUGAUCUUGGAAAUAAUGUUUUGUACGGUAAUGUGCAGAUUUCUGCUGUGGUGUGACUGGAUGUCUUUGUUUUGCAAAUGUAUGCUUAAAUCACCUCAUGUAAUUGGUUUCGAAUGUGAAAUGGUAGAACUUCAGACAAAUUUGUGAUCAUGGAUGGUGUCAAUUUUGUAAAAGUAUAUUUUUAUUCUUAAAUCAGAAAAUAUAUUUAAACAUUUUCUAACGAU